AUGGAGAGCGACGAAGAGCGUGAACGGAAAUCAAAGAGGGCUGCUAAGAAGGUAAAAGUCGAAGGGGAUAGUGGAGAUGAAGGGGCUGAACCUAAGAAGAAGAAGAGAAGCGGAGGCAAACUCAAAAAAGCCGUUGAUCAGGAUGUCGACAACGAGCAGCUCUUCAGCGAUGAUGAGGUCGACAGUAAACCAGCAAAGAAGCGUGUCCCGAAAAAACGUGUCGUCAGGGAUGAUGACGAUCAGGACGCCGUCGGAGGACCACGCAAAAAGCAAUAUAAAAGCAAGGAAAUCAUAUCGGACACGGACGAUGAGGAGAUGUCAUGA